AAAAAAAUCUAAUGUAUGGUCCUUCCUAAUUUUCUUUCAGAUUUCAUUAAGCAGAGAAGAGCAGGGUUGAAUGAAUUCAUUCAGAAUUUAGUACGACAGCCAGAACUUUGCAAUCACCCAGAUGUCCAAGCAUUUCUUCAGAUGAACAAUCCAAAGCACCAUUUUGAUCCAUCUGAAGAUGAAGAUGAAAGGAACAGUCAAAAGCUAAACUCUACCUCACAGAAUAUCAACCUGGGGCCAUCUGGAAAUCCUCAUGCUAAACCAACAGACUUUGACUUCCUGAGAGUUAUUGGGAAGGGCAGCUUUGGCAAGGUUCUUCUUGCAAAACGAAAACUGGAUGGGAAGUUCUAUGCCGUUAAAGUGCUGCAAAAAAAGAUUAUUCUCAACAGGAAAGAGCAAAAACAUAUUAUGGCUGAACGUAAUGUGCUGUUGAAAAAUGUGAAGCAUCCAUUUUUAGUUGGAUUGCAAUAUUCAUUCCAAACUACAGAGAAGCUUUACUUUGUUCUGGAUUUUGUUAAUGGAGGGGAGCUCUUCUUUCAUCUGCAAAAAGAGCGCUCCUUUCCUGAACACAGAGCCAGGUUUUAUGCUGCUGAAAUAGCCAGUGCAUUGGGCUACCUACACUCCAUAAAUAUUGUAUACAGGGAUUUGAAGCCAGAGAAUAUCCUUCUAGAUUCACUGGGGCAUGUUGUUUUAACAGAUUUUGGGCUUUGUAAAGAAGGAAUUGCAACUUCAGAAACUACAGCAACAUUUUGUGGUACACCAGAGUACCUGGCCCCAGAGGUGAUCAGAAAGCAACCCUAUGACAACACAGUAGACUGGUGGUGCCUUGGUGCUGUUUUGUAUGAAAUGCUAUAUGGUCUGCCGCCCUUUUACUGCCGUGAUGUUGCUGAGAUGUAUGAAAAUAUUCUCCACAAACCCCUACAUUUAAGGCCAGGCAUCAGUCUUAUGGCUUGGUCUAUUCUGGAAGAACUUUUGGAGAAGGAGAGACAAAACAGACUUGGAGCUAGAGAAGAUUUUCUUGAAAUCCAGAGGCAUCCCUUCUUUGAAUCUCUCAGCUGGACUGACCUCGAACAAAAAAAGAUCCCACCACCGUUUAAUCCUAAUGUGUCUGGUCCAGAUGACAUCAGAAACUUUGACACAGCAUUUACAGAAGAAAUGGUACCCUGUUCAGUUUGCAUUUCUUCUGACUAUAAUAUUGUAAAUGCCAGUGUGCUGGAAGCAGAUGAUGCAUUCAUUGGAUUUUCUUAUGCACCACCUUCUGAGGACUCAUUUCACUAAGAUUUCUGGAUGCUAAGAAAUACUUGCAAGUCAUCUUUAGAUGGACUGGAACGUUUUGAUUGUGAAUGGAUUCAAAAAUAUGUGCAACUAGUGCCUCGUUUGAAAUGUUGAACAAACUUUUUCUGCUGUAAUAUGAGGAACCUGGGCAUUUUGGAUUACUUCCUUACGACUGUUACACCUGCUGUACAAAAAUACUUUUUGAACCAAUACCUUUAGUUAGCUGUUCUUAACUUUGACUCUCUGUAAGAAAGGACACUGACUGUUUUCCCCCAAGUUUACAUUGAUAGCUCCAAAUUGUCUGUCUUUCAAAGCAGCACACUUUCUCAUUUAAAGGCCUUUGUAAGCUAUCUAGUGACUUUGUGCUUGAAAUGUUACUAUGCAAAUAUUUUUGUAUAGCACUGUUUUUUAAAGAAGAUAAGCAUACUCUGCACAAUUUGCUUGUUCUUUAAGCCAAGGUGGUUUAUUGGUAUCACUUCUUCUUAACUCCAAGCAAGAAUCUGUACAAUAUUGCCCAUCUUAAGGCCAAACUGUGCCACCUUUAGUUAUACUGGGCCAUGAAUUGCAACCAUUACCACUUUACUCAAGUAAUUUGAUACAUUCCAUUAGUAAAACCUAGAAAUGUGCUCUCUAGGUUAAAUAAAGGUGGAACAAAUUAGCCUUAAGUAUUUUUUUUUUAAUAACAAUGCUUCUCAUAAUGACUAUAACUUUUUUCCUCUUCUUGUAGAAGAUAAAUGGCUUUUUCCAAAGAAAUAUAUAAGGAAAAAAAUGACUGCAUUUGUAGAAGGGAAAUUUUGUUCUUGUGUUUAGAAAACUAAUAUAUUGCAAUUUGAUUGUAUUAAAAUUCACUUUCAUGAGAUCUAUACUUUGAUUAGUUCAUGCUUGGAAUAAAAAAAAGCUAACACAGUCCAUUUGUAAAAAGACUGACUGGCCACAAUAGACACAUUUUUUAUUUAAACAACUCUCCUAAAUUCAGUGUGGAACUUUGUGAUUGUGGCUGGGGAAAACUGAAACCUCAAAGGAAUUAAUUAAAUAUGGAAUUUACACCUUGAAGAAAAUAGUCCACAUGUCUUGUUUCCACUGUGGCCAUGAUUUGGAUUUUUUUACUAAAGUCUUGAAUCAUGAAAAGAAAAUAGAGAGAGAGAGCAACAAACCCAAACAAAACAGAACAAAAUCUGGGCACUAAGAGAUCUUGCAGUAUCAAGCCAAUGCAAACAGACUGCAACUGAGUACCCUUGGUCAGAUUAUAAUGGCACAAUCAGGUUGCCAGGGCCCAUGCCCGCAAGGGGGCCCAGACUCUGAGCUUUGCUUUAAAAGUAAAGUAAAUAUCUAACCCUCCUAAAAGGAAAGUUCAUCUUGAGAGAUUGAGCUUAGGAAGAUACCUAGCACAAACUAGGAACAAAAGAGGAAAAUAUAAAAACCAGCAGAAUUAAACUACACUUAGCAGAGGCUCCAGACAAACAAACACAACCGGUGUCCAGCUAAAAGACCUACUUUUGUACUAGAUUAGUGCAUCUUUUACUGGGAUCCCAACUCUAGCUGCAAAAGGAAAUUACAGUCCGGCCCCCAGCAACUGAAAGAAAUGCUUCAGUCACCUCAGUCUAAUCCAAGAGAGGAUACCCUCAUGGCAACACUCCCAUUGGCUAUUGCUAGGUAGCAGGCACCCACCAAAUUAUCUGGCACUUACUUCAGAAUAAACACGUUUAGAUGUAGGCCUCUUAGUUUGGUCACUCCUUUUUAUUCAAGUACUUUAAUACAGAGGUCUAAUUAAUCCAGAAUAAAUAUAUCCUCGUCUAUUUAUAUAUCUUUCAUUCACAAACAUAUGCCAACAAAAGGGAGGGAAGCAGAUUGUUCCUUUUUUUCAUGCUUUGAAAAUGUGUAAAGAAAAUAGAGUUUUGUUUAUUAA